UCAACACUUCGUUUAGGAUCCUGCGUUCUAGUUACUUCAGUGCAGAAGGACAUGAGAGGCCUUGCUUUGGAUUCUUGUAGGGCAUCGUCAUCUUCACUUAACAAUCUCUCUCAAUUUCAGGAAUCAUUCAGUCAGCUUAAAUCAAGCGGUGAAAGCGCUUUAAAGCCCAAAGCUGAUCCAAAUCACAUCAGCAACUUUGAAACUGCUCCGAGAGGUAAUACUCGCUAUUUGCUGAACCCUCCUCCGCACAGAAGGGCUAACUCAGUAUCAAUCUCAAGCGGUCCCAUUUCAGCUAGUACAUGCAGUAAAUCAAUUGAUCAUCAUUAUUUUUCUCGAAUUCUUUCGAGAAAUGACUGUUUUUUGUUGUUGAACCACGACCUUAAUGCAAAGAGGAUAAUACUGAAACCUCAAUUUGUUAUUAGCAUCUUGCAAAAUCAGGAAAACCCAUUGCACAUUCUGAAAUUUUAUAUCUGGGUAUGCAAAAUCGACCCGUCAUUUGUAAAGGAUCAAUCCGUUAAGGGUGUUUUAGCCAAUUGCCUUUAUAGGAAAGGACCUGUUUUAUUGUCGGUUGAAUUGCUUAAAGAUAUUAGGAACUCGGGUUAUCGAGUCACUGAAGAUUUGCUUUGCAUUUUGGUUAGUAGCUGGGGCAGGUUGGGAUUGGUAAAGUAUUGUAAUGAAAUAUUUGGUCAGAUAUCUUUUCUGGGUAUCAGUCCUAGUACUAGGUUGUAUAAUGCGGUUAUUGAUGCAUUGAUCAAAUCCAAUUCUCUUGACUCGGCUUAUCUAAAGUUCCAACAGAUGUCAGUGGAUAAUUGUAAACCAGAUAGGUUUACCUAUAAUAUACUUAUUCAUGGAGUUUGUAGGAUCGGCGUAAUGGAUGAAGCACUCAGGUUGCUUAAGCAGAUGGAGGGUUUGGGAUAUCCAGCUAACGUGUUCACAUAUACAAUCUUAAUUGAUGGGUUUUUAAAGGCAAAGAGGGUUGAUGAAGCCUUUAGGGUUUUAGAGACGAUGAAGGCUCAAAAGUUGAGUCCCAAUGAAGCAACAAUUCGAGCAUUCGUUCAUGGGGUGUUUCAUAGUAUGGCCCCAAGUAAGGCAUUUGAGCUAGCCAUUAGAUUUAUUGAAGGAGAGCCUAUAUUGAGGAGACUGGCUUGUGACACACUACUUUGUUGCUUGUCAGAUAAUAAUAUGGCAAGAGAGGCAGGUGUAUUAUUGGAGAAACUUGGGAAGAGAGGCUAUUUACCUGACAGCUCAGUAUUUAACAUCACUAUGAAUUGUUUGAUAAAGGGUUCUAAUCUUAAUAAGACAUGUAGCAUACUGGAUAACUUUGUUGAGCAAGGCAUGAAGUUGAGUGUUAGCACUUAUCUUGUACUAAUUGAAGCUUUGUACGGGGCUGGAAGAGUUAUGGAGGGGGAUAGGUAUUUCAAUCAGAUGAUGAAGUAUGGACUUGUAUCAAAUGUCUUUUCAUAUAACAUGGUGAUAGAUUGCUUUUGCAAAACCAGUAUGAUGGACAAGGCAGCAAACAUUUUCAAACUGAUGCAGUAUAAAGGUAUCACUCCUAAUAUUGUUACUUUCAAUACCCUGAUUAACAGGCAUUGCAAGGUUGGAGAAGUAAGCAAGGCACGAGAACUGUUGUUGAUGCUUUUGGAACAUGGACUCAAACCAGAUAUCUUUACUUUUAAUUCAAUAAUUUAUGGCCUUUGUCAAGCAAAGCAGAUUGAUGAUGCUUUAGGUUGUUUCGACGAAUUAGUUGAGUGGGGUGCCUCUCCAAAUGCUGUCACAUACAAUAUAUUGAUCCGUUCUUUGUGUCUCAUAGGGGAUAUUCCUCGAUCAAUGAAAUUCUUAAGAAAUAUGCGAAUGGGUGGAAUAAGCCCAGAUGUCUUUUCUUUCAAUGCUGUUAUUCAAAGUUUUUGUAGGAUGGGAAAGGUAGAGAAUGCAGAGAAGCUUUUUGUUUCAAUGUUGUCAAUUGGCUUGAAUCCAGACAAUUAUACUUAUGGUGCUUUCAUCAAGCUAUAUUGUGAAUCAGGGAGAUAUAAUGACGCUAAGGAGAUGUUUCUCUCAAUGGAAGCGAAUGGUUGUAAGCCUGAUUCUUUUAUAUGCAAUAUAAUUUUGGACACUCUAGUGAAGCAAGGUCAACUUGAAGAGGCCCAGAAAAUUGCAAAAAUAUGUAGUGAGAGGGGCAUUUUUGUACAUUUUAUUGCUAAAUCCCAGAAUUAUGUUCUUCAUGGUUCAUAGAUUUGUGCUGCUCCAUUUGGAUUUUUGCUUUGAGGCAGACAGUGCCACAAACAUUGGACUGCAUUUUGCUUGAUCUCAUUUAUGGAAUCAUGUGCUUCAGAGAAGCAUGAUAAGAAACGAGUCUUGUGUUUUUGGGCAGAAGAGGAUGCACCUUGUCCUGGUGGGUAUGUAUGAGUUGGUAGACAUGGGUCAAAGGAAAUGGGUUAUCAGAAGAUAACCUUUGGGCUUGGCACCGCAUUACUUCUGAAUUUGUCAAGUUAGUCAGACUUGCUGCUGUAUAGAAAAGAAAACAGAUUUUUACUAAAAUUGUGAGCAAUGGCAUGCCUCCUUGCCAGACAAGUUUUCUCAUUUGGGGAGCAAAAUGGGGUGGCUGGUUUAUGAGGUUUACCAUGGCAAUGCAGAUUCUCUUUGCAAGAUGUAGUUUUACAUACAAAGGUGUUUUGACAUCCACUGGACUGCAUCCUAGCUCCACUUUGUUUACCUGGCUUUUGAAAGAGCCGAGUUCCUGUUUCUUAUGGCAUUUGACACAUGUUUGCUUUCCAUGAUUAAUGACUCAUCUCUAUAAUUUGGAGAGAGCAUUUUACAUUUGUACAAGGUUUUUGUGGUGGUAAUAAUAUUACCACUAGUGAAGCUGCUGUCCUAUAUAGCUAUAUGCUUGUAUAUUUCAGAGGCUGUGAUAUUGAAUUCCCUGGGACAGAGAUUCUCAUAUUUACGUGGACUAAAAGUUGUAAUGUGAGUCUCUUUUACAUUGCAGACAAGCUUUGUUGACGCAAUGCACUUUUACGCUGAAAUUUUUCUUUUUUUUUUUUUGGCCUCUUGAUUUUAUCUUUCUUAUUAUGUUCAUUUGUUAGCAUUCUGAAAAAAACCCAGCAUCAAUGGCACUUAUUGUGAA